GCCGCCGCUUGGGCAGCAGCAAGUCGCGAGCUGCGCUCGACGCCUGGCCUCCUGCUGGCCACGUUGGAACCGAUUCUCUCCGUGUAGUACGUGUGCCUGUGUGUGCGUGCCUCCGCGACCGUCGUUGACGCCAAACUUGGAGCAAGCACCGACGUCGCUGCGAAGUUGGGCUGGACACGAGAAGAGCGCACGCCCGUGUUAUUUACUGCUGCGAAGCCUGCAAGGAAUUCCAUGAACUGAGCCUGGCACGAGUGGCACCUUCGCCGAGAGAGAGCCCAGCGAGCUUCGUGGUGCCGGCGUUUGGGCGAAAAGAAGGCGACGCCGUCCGCCUCCCUCCGUUCGGCGCCUCGUCUCUGUCGGUGCCGUCGUGAACGCUUUUUCUUGCCUGACUUCUGAACCGGUGGCUGCGCCAGAGCCCGGGAUCGCCCCAAGUUUGCUCGUGAGCCCGGGUGUCCCCGCGCGUUCGUGGAUGCGUUGUUGAAAAACGUUAUCAGCCAUGGUAGCCUGCCUGAGCCGACUGUCGAUCUGACAUCAGCUGUGCCGAUCACACUCCGCCGGCUGAACAGGCGGCAAUCUCGAGCUGGUCUCCAGCUCAGUGCGGUUCGGCAGAGUCGUCCGCCUAGGGGCAUCAGCAGGGCAACAACACGUGCAGCAGCGCCUGCGAGCACGGCGUAAUUGGCGCGCCUAAAGAGGCGUGCUACCACCACCAGGGCGAGCAAGGCAUCGGUGCGAUGCGUGAAGGAGACCGCUGGCGCUAGGCGGCGGCGGGCUGACGCCCCAUGAUUCAGGUGAUGGACACCACAUUGUCGGCGACGGGCGCCGAGGGCCAGCCGCUGCUGUGCAACGGCGCCGCGUCGGGCGCCUCAUCUGGUGUCGGUGGCACCUCGGGCCUGCACCACUCGUGGCCUGAACACCACGCCGACGAGUAUCGCAACCGGCGCGACAAGAAUGGCGACCUGCUCGCGUGCGACACAGUCAUCAGCAUCGGCACCACAGCCUCCCCCGUGGAGCGCGGCGGCGAGCCGCGGCUGUUGCAGGAGAAAUGGAAGACCCUGGUGGCCUUCACCUUCCUGUCGGCCAACCUAAUCCUCAACCUGACGUGCUUGGCCUACGUGCACGAGCGCAUCCCCGACCGCGCCAAGUACCCACCGCUGCCGGACGUUUUCUUUGACCUCUUCCCGCCGCUUGACUGGGCGCUCGACGUGUCCGAGUCCAUCAUCAUAUUCUGCAUCUGGUCCACGCUUGGCUUGCUGCUCAUCCACCGCUACAGGUGGAUUGUCCUGCAACGCGUUUUCUUCAUUAUGGGUCUUUUAUACUUUAUGAGGAGUAUUACAAUGUUUGUCACUCAAGUCCCUGUUGCAAGUACAACGUACUACUGUUCUCCAAAAGCAAAUAGCACAAAUCCACUACUAAUAAUGAAACGGGUUGCCCAGCUGCUGAGUGGAUUUGGACUGUCCAUAAAUGGGCAACACACAUUCUGUGGAGACUACAUCUACAGUGGGCACACAGUCAUUUUAACUCUUUCUUACCUCGUUGUCAGGGAAUAUUCCCCCCAGCGCUGUAAAUACUUGCACCUGGUCUACCUGGUCCUGAGUACGGUGGGGAUACUCAUGGUGCUACUGUCACGCGGCCACUACACUGUUGAUGUGGUCAUUGGCUACUACGUCACAAGCAGGGUGUUCUGGAUUUACCACACCCUUGCAAACAACAUGGCUCUCAAAGUUGCGUCUCAGAAUAACUACCUGUCACGGUCAUGGUGGUUCUCACUAUUCACCUACUUUGAGAAGAAUGUGGGAGGCGUAGUGCCACGCCAGUACGAGUGGCCGCUGCCCUGGCCCCGGAGGUGGCUGCCGCGCACUCGGAUAUCCUAGCACCGCACACAGGGUUAGGACAAGCAGCAGGGCAUAUGAAUCUACCAUGGUGUGAAGGACAGCUGGGGACAAUGCUCAAGAUCCCCCAGGGAGGCAUGCGUGUGCGCGUCGAAUCUCCUCAUGGCCAGCCAUCUCCUCCACACUCCGUGUGCAGUGCUGCUCAUGUGUCGUCAGCAGAAGACCGAAAAAGCAUACUGCUUUCUCUUGUGCGUGCCUCUCUCCUGAUCUGCUACUUUUACAGACAGUCAGAUGCAACCAAGGAAACAAUAAGCUAAUUCAAGUGUGUUGUCAACGACCGUUGUUCUUUUCUUCUCCUUGUGUCUAUCUGUGUUUGUCGGCUUCUGUGUGGGACGUGUUUCUUGCCCUCUCCCCCUACGAUGGCUACUUAUAUUUUGUCGUCUUCUGCAAGUUUCAUCUGUGCAAACAUCAGUGUGCGUUUCCCUUCCACCAUGUUGCUGCACUAUUUGCCAGUCCGAAAGACUUGCGUAUUGUGGUUAUUGCUUUUAGUACCUUACUACGCCAACCUUUAAAGGUGUGCCUUUCUUUUCCUUUUUCCUGCUUUAAUCGUGUACAUAGUGCUUUUAAGCUUCGGGCAUCCUUUGUUCUUUUUUUUUUUUCAUAAAUAUAAUGUACAGUUUGCUCUUAAUGUAAAGUGAGGCAAAAGGAUGAGACAGCUGAAAAGUUAUAAUGUAAACAGAACUUUCGAAAGCUUGUCAAAGUUUUUGCCAAAUUUUAAGAUAUUGGAGCCUCUUUUUCUCCACUUGCGGCUACAUUUUUUUUACUAUGCUUUGUGCAAAAUUUUUGAGCUCGCUAUUGCGGCACAAGUGUAACACCAAAGCCCGAUUUCAAAGCCUUUUCUGCUUUCUCUACAUGUGUGUCACAAUCACAUCGUCAGGCAAAAGUGAAAUGGUGCCAAUAUAUAACCUCACCACGGCACUCCUGUAGGCCAGGGACAAUGUGCAGGGCAUUGGGUUGAACAUGUGAGCAACCUUUUACUGUCAACAACUCCUAUUGCCUACUGGGGAAUGAACCAUUAUGCAGUAUUGAAAUAAAAGUAUCAAUAGUUGUGCUUUGAAGUUAAUACACAUUGUCAACCCAUCUCAAGUUAUGCAGAUUACGCUUGUGAUAAUGUGAAGUGAUGCGUGUGAGGAACUCUAUGGUCAGUCACUCUGCAAAGUAUGUGGAUAUUGGCAAAACCUUUUCAGAAGGGAAAAAGGUGCAAGCAUUGACUGGUUGACUGUUUUCGGGUGGCAUCUUGCUUUAAGCUAUUUGGUGCAGCCACAACCUGUCUGCUUUUGUUUACCUGUACAUACAUUUUCUUGUGUGUCUUCAGGUAUGAGCCACGUACGUGUUGAUGUUUAAGCCUUAUACACAAUAUCCCACAGGUUGUGCUUGACUAAAAGAUGCCUUAAUGUGGUUUCUUCCCUCUGUAUAAGGAUUGGAUGUGCCAUCUCAUUCUUUUCUAAUUCUUUUUCUUCGUUUUUUCUUGUAAUGUGUGCCUGUAGAUCUGCAUGUAAAUGUUGUUCUGUUGCCUUAACAUGAGCAGUCACUCGAGGCUUUCUGCAGGUGGCUUUGAUGCAACAAGACUAAAGAAAAACAGAGCCAAAGUUUACGGCGUUUUGGUCAUAAAGCUGCAUAACACAAAAAGUUGCGCAAACAAUAUUUGUCUCUGUCUGUGAUAACCAGAGCAAACGUUAUGCAGGUCCUUGCGAUUGCUGUGUGUAUAAUGAAAGAAAAAAAGAAAGAAGACCGUGCGUGAAAGUUGCAAAUAAAUAUUUUUCGUGCCCGGCA